GGAUGAUGAAAAUGGAGGUACGAACUGCCAAGCACAAACUGCCGAGUUGCAUCUACGCCGAUUCUUAGAUGCGUGGCAGAAAAGUCGAUUGACAUCAACUUCAGCAGAGCUUUUUACUGUGGAUUUGCUGACAGCUCCUGCAGACCUCGCAACGUGGCCAGAGCUACUCUGUGGAGAGUUUGAGAUCUCACCCCGAGUAGAUGAGCGAGAUGUAGAUAUCCGGGAUGUUCAUUGGUGGGAUAGAGACGCGUUUGAGCACGAACACCGCGUCGAUGCACUAGCAGUAUGGUUUGAUGUGAAGUUCGAUCAUGCCUUUGUUCCCGUUGAGUACUCCACUGGCCCUGAGGCCCCGUGGACUUGUUGGCAACAGACCAUAUUGCGG